AGGAUGAUGUUUUGUCUGCAGCAGUUAGAAGAAUCCAGUAUCCCUUUAAACCCAACCUUCAAGAGUUUUAAAAAUGUCUUGCACAUUGAUGAGAAAUGGUUUUUUAUGACAAAAACAUCACAACGCUUUUAUUUGACCCUCGAUGAGGAAGAGCCAUACCGAAGCUGUCAAUCUAAGAGAUUCAUCACAAAAAUCAUGUUCUUAGGGGUCGUAGGAAGACCUAUAAUUUCUGAUGAAGGUGAAGUCCUUUGGGAUGGUAAGGUAGGGAUUUUCCCCUUUGUGGAGUCUGUUGAGGCUAAGAGAAAAAGCAAGAACAGGGAAGCAGGUUCACUGGAAACCAAACCGAUAUCAAGUGUCACUAAACAAGUGUUUAAGGACAUGCUGAUACACACAGUCAUACCUGCCAUUCAAGAGAAGUGGCCAAACUUCUUAAGUAAGGAAAUUGUUAUCCAACAAGAUAAUGCAAGGCCACAUAUUCUUGGAAAUGACCUAGAGUUUGUCAUGGCAAGUACAACAAAUGGUUUCCAGAUUACCCUAACUAAUCAGCCCCCUAGUUCUCCAGACCUCAACAUUCUAGAUUUAGGUUUUUUCAGGGCCAUACAGUCAUUGAAGGAACAAUCAGCUCCAAGCAAUGUAACUGAAUUAAUGAAUGCAGUCCAAGAAGCAUACAAUCAGUUCUCAGCCCACACACUAAACAAAGUGUGGCUGAGUUAUCAACAUGUUAUGCAAGAGGUGAUGAAGGUUGAAGGGGGCAAUAACUACAAAGUGCCACACAUGGGAAAGGAUGCUAUGCACAGAAAUGGGACACUUCCAUAUGUACUACAACUAGAAGAGGGUUUGUAUGAGAGGAGUAUGGCAGUACUUGGGGAACAAAAUGGGCCAGCUGUACCUGUGGUUGAAACACAUGAAGUCCUACUGGGUCAGUUCAUUCUUGAAGAAGAUGAGGAGAUCAUUCUUCAAGAUUGAACUAACACCUAACAAAAGACUUUGUAUCAU